UCCUAUCUUUCUGGCAGAGCUCGUAUACCAUCACGAUAAAACUGUUCACUUACUGCUGGAGCCAUCGGUUGACAAACAGCGGGAACUUAAGACAAAAAUUCGUUGGAAUUAUAUUGUAACAAGCGAACUUAAAACGACCUUUUCUAUGAAGGUAAAACGAUGAGCAUGUUCUGAUGUAAAGGAUCAGUUCACAAGAAAAAGAAGAGUAAUACUAGACGGACGUGUCUUGAAAGUACAUAGCAUCAUGGAGAUAUUGCCCUUAAUCCCGUUAUUUCUGGGGCUCAGAAUAAAUGUCUUACCUUUCAACAGAGAUCUAGAAUACAAUUACAACGUAACGAAAACUAUUACGAUAUUCAGAGAUCCUCUCCAAGUGACGCAAUAUACUGCAUCAAUAACAUGUCACACAGAGGAUAGUUAUAAUUCUCUUCUCUGUCUUUUGCAUGAUAUCGAUAUUAUCUCAACUUUGAUAUUUCAAAGUCUCAACACUACAAACGAGGUCGCACAUGAGCAAUACAAGACCAAUGACGAUUGGUUUGUAAUUAAAUUUAAUAAUAAUGGCUUAGAGAAAUUAUUUGUGAAUUCAACCACUGAAAAAAAAGAUUUGAUUAAAGGGAUCGCUUUUCAAUUUCACAUUGGUAAUGAAAUAACCCCUAAGUUCACUGCAAAAGAAAAAUUAGCAAUAGGCUAUUGCAUGACGUUUUUCGAUGUAAAUGCGACAACUUACGAAUAUAAUUCCGAGAAAAUUUUGGAAAAUCAAAUUAUAUUAUUAAGCCAUCGAUCCUCUUAUGAAAAAACCCCAUUAUAUGAAGCUCACGAAAGACAUGUGCAUAUACGUAUUAAGAAGGUCAGAAAGGACUGCCAGUAUUCCUUGCCAUUUUUUGACUUUUUGAAUGGAAUGAAAGUGUCAAAAUAUAUUCAUACGAUGGAAAUAAUCGAUGAUAAAUUAAAUAUUUCCACCAUAAUGGAGGUACAAUUACCACCUGACCCAUGGAAUCCUGAAGGGACACCUGUAUUUAGGGAAAUAACGCAGCUUAAGCUAAUUAAAAUUACAUCACCUAGAACUAAAGUUUUUGAUGAUCUUGUUAGAAAUAAAUAUGAAUGGAUUGAUCUAUUGAAGUGAUUUACUGUAAUCAAAUAUAUCAAACUUUGAAAACACACACACACACACACACACACACACACACAC